AUGUUGGAAAAUCAAGAAUGCAAAAGCAAAAACGAACGACGCUGGGCAGAUUCAUUGGACGGCUUGUGGACGUUUGUUAGAGAGCAAAGUAACAGUGAUGAUGUUGGCAUAAGAAACGAGUGGUAUAAAAAAGAUCUGAAGACAUUUAAAGCAGUCAUAGUGCGCCAAGACAAGCAAAGAUUAAAAGAAGAAAAAUGUCGACAUUGGGUAGGCCAUAAUCGCAUUCUUGCUUUAUUGCAGAAUGCUACAGUAAUGCCCGUACCGGCCGCAUAUAAUGACAUGUCCGCAGAUGCAGAACUGCGAGAUCACGUUGGAUGGGUGUGGUAUCAAACGAUGGUGUUCAUUCCGGAAACGGAUAAAGGGCAACAUCUUGCUCUAAGAUUCGGCAGUGCCAAUUAUUUUGCGAAAGUUGUG